UCCCUUCUAUUGGCCGAGGAAGGGGCGUCGCGUGACAGUGACGUCAAGCGCGACUGCGCAGCUUGUGUUUGGAGGCACCGUCGUGACGUACACGCGCGUGCGUUGGGGUCUCGCGGCGAAGGAGCUUGGCUCGGGUCCCUCACAGACGUGAUAUGACAGACCCAGAUGUUCACACUGAAGUCCCAGCUUCUCUAAAGCGUCUUGCCAAGUAUGUAGUGCGUGGUUUCUAUGGUACUGAACAUGCUUUGGCUCUGGACAUACUAAUUCGGAACACAUGUGUAAAAGAGGAAGACAUGUUGGAGUUACUCAAGUUUGAUCGGAAGCAGUUGCGGGCUGUUCUCAACACUCUCAAAGGUGACAAGUUCAUCAAAUGCAGAAUGCGAGUGGAAACAGCUCCAGAUGGCAAGACCACCCGGCAUAACUUUUAUUUCAUCAAUUACCGCUUACUGGUCAAUGUCGUAAAGUAUAAGCUAGACCAUAUGAGGAGGAGAAUUGAGACUGAUGAGAGAGAUUCUACCAACCGAGCCUCCUUCAGAUGUCCUAUUUGCUUCAGCACUUUCACAGAUUUAGAGGCAAAUCAGUUGUUUGAUAUUAAAAAAGGGAUUUUCCGCUGUACCUUUUGUGAGACUGAAGUGGAAGAAGAUGAAUCAGCAAUGCCCAAAAAGGAUGCAAGGACACUUGUGGCACGAUUUAAUGAACAGAUAGAGCCCAUCUAUGAGGUGCUGCGUGAGACAGAGGAUGUUAACCUGGCCCACGAACUGCUUGAGCCUGAGCCCAUGGAAAUCCUUGCUCUGAAGCAGAGCAAGGAGCGGACUGUUGGUGCAAUGGGAAGUGGCCUACCAAGUGGACAGCACAGGGAAGCCUGGUCCGCGAAGGGACCUUCUUAUGAAGAUUUGUACACCCAGAAUGUAAUCAUCAGUAUGGAGGACCAGGAGGAUCUGCAUCAGCCGACCAGUGAAGGGAAGCCACCCAGAGAGAGGCCAGUCUGGCUGCGGGAGAGCACAGUGCAAGGUGCUUAUGAUCCUGAUGAGAUUAAAGAAGGUGGUCAAGACAUGGAUAUGUUACAGGAAGGGGAAGAAGGUCAGGCUGCCCUAGACAGUAAUGAGGAAGUGAUGCGUGCUCUACUCAUCCAUGAGAAAAAGGUCUCUUCUGCCUCAGUGGGGGCCAAGGGAGGAAUGGCUCCAUUGUCUAACCCCAAUGCCAGUGAUUCUGAAAGUGAAACAAGUGAGUCAGAUGAAGACUCCCCUCCCCAUGCAUCUGGUGCUACAACAACGCUCAGUAGGCUAACGGAAGAAGAUGACGAUGACGAGGAGUUUGAGGUGGUGACAGAGGACCCCACUGUCAUGGUGGCAGGACGUCCAUUUUCUUACAGUCAAGUCAACCAGCGGCCUGAGUUGGUGGCUCAAAUGACUCCGGAGGAGAAGGAACAGUAUAUAGCAAUGGGGCAACGUAUGUUUGAGGACAUGUUUGAUUAGCUUCCCUCUGCAUGGGCAACAUUUGCAGAUGAUCUUCACUUGGAAAUUUUGCAACACAGCAAAAGUCUGAAUUGCGGGUGUUCCCCUUUUCAUUUAAGUCAGACAAUCUGUAGAGUCAAACAUAAAGCGAUGAUUGCUUUAACUGGUGAACUAUCAAAGAUAAGUAAAGAGGGAGCCAACUUUCCUAAACCUAUAUCUGAUAUGUAAAUUCUACAUCCUCUCCAUUAUAUUAUAAUUAGUUUUUUGUUUGACCUAGGAAAUCUGUUUUGUUCUUCUGGUAGCUUAUUUUUUGUUUUAGAAGUGAGUUUUAAAGGCAUUAUCUAGACUAUUAGCUUCUGAGAGCAACUGAUAGUGGCAUCUUUAAGAUUAUAUUAAGGGAUUGCUGCUUUUGAAUUACAUAUGACCCAGUUGUAAGUACUUCGCUGUUUUGCAAAUAAGAUAUGUAUAAUACUCACUUCUUGAUACAACACUCCCCCUCCCUGGGCCUUGUUCACUUGUCUAGGCAAUCUGUAUCCAUAGCCACAGGAGAACAUUUGUGAUACCAUUUUAACCAUUGGACAUUUGACUGUCAUAAUAUUUUUAAAAUAAUUGCUUUGAGAGGAAAAUACACAAGGAACAAAGCCAUUUCUUUGUUGGUCCCCUGUUAAAAUACUCUUGGUAAUCCUGGCCUAUUUUUAGAUUGCUUUUGUAGUCUUAAAACACUGUUUCUUUGCUAAUAUGAGCCAAUUCCUAGUUUUUUUUUCAUGCAAUCACUUGCAAUACUAUAAUUUUCAAAUGAGGGAAUUUGACUUUAAAAGGUGACUUCAGUUCUCUAUUCCAGAGACUGUUAUAUAUGUCCCGUUGGUUAAUAAGCAGCAUUUUAGUAUUGACACUAAAUUAGUUCCAGUGAAGUUAGGAUCAAAUGUAUCAGGCCCCUUCUACACAGCUGUAUAAAAUCCAGGUUAUCUGCUUUGAACUGGACUAUCUGGCAGUGUAGAAUGGCCCCCAAACACAUUUCCUCCCAAGAUUUAUUAUCCAUGCUGAAUGCAUAAACUACUGUGUCUUCUUGACAGAUUUGCCAUGAAAGAACUGGAAAUGCAGCAUGGCAGUCUUGUUAUUCAUAGAUUCAGUCCUAAAAAGUGCAUUUCCCUUGAUUUAAGACUCUCAUCCAAGUCAGUGAAGAGUGUGGGGAUUUUUUUAAAAAAACAGAUUAUGCAGAAUUUGGUUGGAUGCCAGUAUUUCGCAUGGCAUGGCCUAUUUUGAUAUUCCCAGCAGUGCCUUUAUAAAAUAAUUCAUGGUGGUUCUUUUUGCGUUUUUAAAAAUUAACCUUUAGGAAGAUCAUUGUGUUUUUUGGUAUUUGGCUUUACAGUAGAGCAAAUUGUAAAAAGAUCGAGUAUUUCAAAGAUCUAGCAUUUGUUGGACAUUCCAGUUUAUUUUACUGGAAUGGUACAAGUUAUCAAGCUUCUAAAUUGUAAACCUAAUGUAUAUUAACCAUGUACGUUUUGCCAUGUCUGUGUGAUGUUUCUCUGAUGAAUUUGUUUUCAGAAAUUCUAACAGAUAAAGUUUAGAUUUAUCUAUUCCAUUUUAAAAUAGGAAUUGAUAACCUGAUCCUUCAAUUGAAUAACAUUUAUUUUUCAUUUAUAAAUGAGCAAGUUGAAAUGGCUGUUUUUAUUUUAUUCAUUGGUAAUGCUUGUGAAGGACUGUUGUCCUACUUUCUUGGAAGAGUUCAGAGCUAUUUCUACAUGAUGCCAAAGUCUGUCUCCAUUUCCUACUUGCCUGAUAGAACAGACUCCUACAAAUAUAUUAAAGGCUCACAGGAUUGUGAUAGUCACUGAAUUCAGUGCUGGCAUCUCUGUGUCUCUUUGUGUUGAUAAAAGUGGAUUUCAGUUGGAUCUUUCAUUAAAAUUCCUUCCCCAACACAGGAACAUCAUAA